AUGCGUGUUCCUCCGCACCCAAAGUCAACAGUGAAGCGACCUGGCGAGCAAGGACAAAUCCUGUGCCCAGUCAGUGAGUCCCGCGCGGGUAAAGGUAGGAAGGACACUGUAUUCGGAUCCUACACUCGCAAGUCAUCCGGAGACAUGGCAGGACGCUUUCUUUCCGUCCUCCUCCUCGCUGGUUUGCUCGGAGCAGCGUUGGGGGAUGAGGCCUCGCCAGGGGGGGCGGCCGCGUCGGAAGGAGCUGUUGGCGACGAGGACGAGCGCGUGAUGAUAUGUUACUACGGGUCGUGGGCCGUUUACAGACCCGGCGCCGGCAAGUUCGACGUGGAGGACAUCGACACUGAUAUCUGCACGCACCUUAUUUACGGCUUCGCAGGACUCAAGGCUGACACACACGAAAUCAUCAGUCUCGACCCUUAUAAUGACCUUGAUAUUAACUACGGGAAAGGGGCUUUCAAGAGGUUCACGGGACUCAAGAAACUCAAUCCUGACUUGAAGACGCUUUUGGCAAUCGGGGGAUGGAACGAAGGCUCCUCCAAGUACUCGCAGAUGGCCGCGACGGAGGAAUCGAGGGGCAAGUUCAUCACGAGCUGCGUCCUGUUCCUGCAGAAGUUUGGCUUCGACGGCCUUGACCUCGACUGGGAAUACCCGACACUACGAGGCGGGAAACCUGAAGACAAGCUUAACUUCGCCCUGCUCCUCGACGAAAUGCGAUCCCGGUUCGACAAGCAAGGGCUGAUGCUCACCGCCGCAGUGUCGGCCGGUGAAGCCACCAUCGACGCCGCCUAUAAUGUCUCCGCUUUGGUGAAGAACUUAGAUUUAGUCCACCUGAUGGCGUACGACUUCCACGGCACCUGGGAGCAAUUCGCCCAUCACCAUUCCCCCCUCUACGCCUACGCCGGCGACAAAGGAAACAACCUUAAAUUGAAUGUGGAUUACGCUGUGCAGUACUGGCUUAAGCUCGGUGUGCCGCAGAAGAAGCUGGUGGUCGGGAUAGGUCUGUACGGACGCUGCUUCACUCUCGCCAGGGCUGACCAGCACGAGGUGUACGCCCCGUCCUACCAGCCUGGAUUACCUGGGCCGUACACGAGGUCGCCUGGCAUGCAAGGAUUCAACGAAAUAUGCGAAUCUGAAGGGCGUGAGACGUGGACAGUGGUCAGAGACGCCCACAUGGUUUCCCCGUACACCUACAGGGAGCGCCAAUGGUGUGGCUAUGACGAUGUCCAGUCUGUUGAGACGAAGGCGUCGUAUAUUGUGUCACUUGGUCUCGCUGGAGCAAUGGUAUGGUCAAUCGAGACAGAUGACUUCCAUGGGAAUUGUCACGCCGGACCUUUCCCACUCAUCACUACCAUCAGAACUGUGUUAAGAGACGGCAAACCUAUCCCGACGCCCACUCCCCCGCCCACACCUACACCCACCCCGGAGCCAGAAACCACUACUGACACCACCACUACAACAACACCUUCUCCUCCGCCACCCCCAAGCACCGUCUGCCACAGGGAAGGCUUCAAUACAGACCCAAAGGACUGCACUGCCUUCUAUAGCUGUCACCAGGUGGGCGACCACUGGCAAGUGUAUCACUUUCAGUGUGCGCCUGGAACUGUCUUCGUCGAGGACCUGCAGACCUGCGACUUCGCUCAGGACCACCAAGACCUGUGCGUCAACAACAGUAACAGUUAUCACCAUCAAAAUCCAAACUCAAUCGACUAUGACUACGAAUUCGAUCAAACCCGACUCAACAAAUUACCCAAAACGAAGAAAACCGAUUUCCUCGAAAAGAUGAAACGAUUUGAAGGAAAACUAAAGGAGAUUUCCGAGGCUGCCUUUCCGGACACGGUAACUGUUCAGGCAUCAGUCGAGACGGAGACUGUUGAAUCGCCGGCGAAACACGACACGGGCAAGAGGAGUCAGUACCGGCGAACAAAGAAACAGAGGAUGAUGAAGAAAAAAUCAAAGAAAGCAGGCCGGAGGGGAUCUUAUAGGAUGGAAGAUAACUGAAGGAAGUUGCACUUGUUUUCAAGAAAAUAUUUGUUAUUCGAGAUUCUUAAUGUCCUUUGUUGUAAAUUAUACAAUAACAGAUAAAUAGAUUGUAUUAUGAAAUUAUAUUCUGUAAUUGAAUGUAAUUAUAUUUUUAAAAAUCCUG